AUGACCUCUCGCAACCAUGGGUUGAUGCGAGUAUUCUGGCCUUCUGAUACGCCGCGAGAUGAUAUCCCGGGCGUCUUGGUAGGAUGGAGGAACUCAGAAUUGGAUGUAUUGGUGGUGGCCGUUUUACAAGGAGUUGAGGCCAAGAAUGUCGACUAUGCCCUGCGCAUGCGAACACUGUUCCGAGGCAGUCCUCACUCCGUCGACAAGAUCCUCCUUCAUUGUGGAGAUAAGCCACUGCAAGUACUGGGCACGCUGAACGCUGCACAUGUCGUGGACACGGUCGACCCCAAAGCACUAUCCCUGCACACGGUAUCACGUAGCUACAUCCCGAGAGUAGACUGUCCGCGCAGUGCACAGAUGACGAUCCAGAUUGUCAGCUUCGACCGACCAGACCCGAACCGCAUGCAGUAUCUUUCCUUGACGCCCAUAUCGCUCGCCCUCGAAGACAAAUCAGGAGCAUUCGGGAGUGUGCCGCCCUUCGACAGGAUAGACCAGGAUGAAGAGGGCGAAAGACAACGAAAAGAGAAGCUGGUCAAGAAGCUGAGACUGCACACUGUGAUACAUCAUGCGCGAACAGAGAAAGAGCUGGCACUGAACACCAUCAUCGUACAAAUCAACUGCUCUGCUGAGCUCGAUGCACUCAUGCAGGAGAACAUCGGCAUGGUGGGCGUUAGGAUCAAGCGCACUAUGAGCGUCAGUGAGCGCAUGGUAGAGUCUGCUUCAACUCUGUGGGACUUCUCCUUGCUGUGGUCAAAGCAAACCCUGAAGCAGCACGUAGGUCCGUUUGCGUUCCAGACGUUCAUACUCUACCUCAUGGUUCUGAGGAUCGGUGCUGAAGGACUGCUCAUGCUCCUCGACUGGAGACCUUUCGGUAAUGCGGCUUUGAAGGACAUCUCGGCUACAGCACAACAAGUCGACAUCCGACUACAGCAGUUCUGCUAUUGGCCUGACCAAUACAUGACUCUACACAAACGCAGAAACGACUGGGAAAGCAUCACCAAUAGCCACCCAGACUACAUACGUUUCUUCAACAGUCUGUGGCUGGUCGCGAACGAUGUCAUCAUCGGCAUCGCUCUAGGCUCCUACAUCGUCGAGAACGUGGACUUUGUGGCAGCACACAUGGACAAGAUCAUGAACAAUUACUCGAUCGAAGGCUUGCAGCGUAUGCUCACAUGGCUGAUGGACUACCCGGCUGGACUGAAACUGAACACGGAACUCGCAACAUUUCUGGGCGACCUGUUCCUGUGGGUUAUUGACUACUGGAACGGCUGCAUGACACAGCUACGACCGACAUUGCCAGUAAUAAUCCGCUUGAUCGGUCUCUCGAGCUUCGCCGGUGCAAGUCUCCCCAUUGCGAUGUUCUCGGAUCUGCUAUCGGUGCUGACGAUCCACAUCUACUCGUUCUAUAUCGCCUCGGCGCGCAUAUACAAUUGGCAGCUCACGAUCAUCAUUUCGCUCUUUCACCUCUUCCGAGGCAAGAAGCGCAACGUGUUACGGAACCGCAUCGAUAGCUGCGACUACGAUCUGGACCAACUGCUUCUCGGCACGAUCUUAUUCACCCUGAUUGUCUUCUUGCUGCCAACUGUGGCAGUCUUCUACGCCACCUUCGCCGGCGCUCGAAUGGCCAUCAUCGCUUUGAAGGCGGCACUGGACACCUGGCUGGCAUGCCUCAACCACUUUCCCCUCUUCGCGCUCAUGCUGCGCAUUAAGGACUCCCGGCGUUUACCUGGUGGCAUUCGAUUUGAGUUACAAGAUACCCCUCGCGCGUUGGUUUCAUCUUCUUCGGAGCAACAGACGAAUACUGCGCCAACUUCUUACGUCAAGCUGAAGUCUAUUGCCCUGCCACUAUCCCAAACCUUUUCCCAAUACAACCAACUCGGCCACCGACUCCGAAAGCACUAUCUCUCACCGCGAGUCUUCCUCUGUCUGGUCUCGGGACAGUUCGUGCCACCGAUACAUCGUAAGAACCUGUACAGUCUACAGUACAGUAUGCUGCCGAUCCAGCGCAUCGGCAUUGGCGAGUUGUGGAAGCUGCUGACAGAAGAGCGGAAGCCAAAUGGUGUGGUGCACACGAACGGUCAUAUUAUGCCGCCGGUUGGUAACAGGAAGCCUGGCGGCAAGACGAAGGGUACGACGAAUGGACACUGGUGGAGUAAGUAG